AGGGGUAGUUUGUAAUUUAACUUUAGAAAAUUGAAAUAAAAAUAGUUGCCACGUGGCUCAAGUCUUUUCCCUCAAAAUAGGGGAGUUUGGCGAGUCGAAGUAGUUGACUGCGCACACAGAAGCAAGCCCCAUCCUCCCAUGCCCUCGUGAUCUUCAUAUUGGGGAAGAUGAAUGCUCUUGCUGCGACGAACCGCAAUUUCCGACAAGCGGCUCGUAUUCUGGGCCUUGACUCCAAAAUUGAGAAAAGCCUUUUGAUCCCCUUCAGAGAAAUCAAGGUGGAGUGCACCAUACCAAAAGAUGAUGGUACACUGGUUUCCUACGUUGGAUUUAGAGUUCAACAUGACAAUUCUCGUGGCCCCAUGAAAGGAGGCAUCAGAUACCAUCCUGAGGUGGACCCGGACGAAGUGAAUGCUCUUGCUCAACUGAUGACGUGGAAGACAGCUGUCGCGGACAUUCCGUACGGCGGUGCUAAGGGCGGGAUCGGUUGUACGCCGAAAGAACUAAGCACGAGUGAGUUGGAAAGACUUACUCGUGUUUUCACUCAAAAGAUUCACGAUCUUAUCGGUGUCAACACCGAUGUUCCUGCACCCGAUAUGGGUACUAAUGCUCAGACAAUGGCUUGGAUUUUGGAUGAGUACUCAAAGUUUCACGGUUAUUCUCCUGCGGUAGUUACAGGAAAGCCGAUUGAUCUCGGUGGUUCGCUUGGUAGGGAGGCUGCAACAGGGCGAGGUGUCGUGUACGCUACCGAAGCAGUACUUGCUGAACAUGGAAAGUCGAUAAAGGGCUUAACAUUCGCCAUUCAGGGCUUCGGAAACGUUGGAUCGUGGGCUGCAAAGAUCAUACACGAAAGAGGCGGCAAAGUCGUUGCAGUAAGUGACAUAACUGGAGCUGUGAAGAAUCCAAACGGAAUCGAUAUACCGGCUUUGCUUCAGCAUAAAGAUGCCACCGGAAAAUUAGCCGAUAGGUCGGUGGGAUUCGAUACCUCAGACGAGUUGCUUACUCAUGAAUGUGAUGUUCUUAUACCAUGUGCUCUUGGUGGAGUUUUGAACAGAGAAAAUGCUGAAAGUGUGAGAGCUAAGUUCAUCAUAGAAGCUGCAAAUCAUCCUACCGAUCCCGAUGCUGAUGAGAUUUUGUUCAAAAAAGGAGUCGUAAUUCUGCCUGAUAUUUAUGCAAACGCGGGAGGAGUGACAGUUAGUUACUUUGAGUGGGUUCAGAAUAUUCAAGGAUUUAUGUGGGAAGAAGAGAAGGUGAAUCAUGAGCUUAAGAGAUACAUGACGAAAGCAUUCCAUAAUAUCAAGAGUAUGUGUAAAUCUCAUAACUGCAACCUUCGAAUGGGUGCUUUUACUUUGGGAGUUAAUCGCGUUGCUCGUGCCACUUCGCUUAGGGGUUGGGAAGCCUAAAUUAUUUUUACGGUCCGUUUUGUACUCUUUGAGAAGCAUGUGAAUCGUACUCGCUGGUUUUUUACGGUGUUUUGAAUUUUAGUUUAUUGAAAAUCAACUAUUUCUUCGUGUUAACUUUAAAAAACCGAGUUUGAGUUUAAGCUUGCGCGAUGAAGGUAAUAAAAAUUUAGUGGUUGAAUAGUCUUGAUGAA